CUUUCAGAUGAAAAUUUUGCGCGCUUGGGGAAGUUUCACGAAAAAUCACGGAGUUCGGUUAAUUCUUCGUCUCGCGAUAAAUGAAAUAAAUCCGCUUUGCGAAGUAACGUGGAACAGUUUCGAAUUCCAGAUUGGUUAAAAAGAAUACAGAAACUCGUCUGCGAUGCGCGAUGCUUUAAAAACGCUGAGUAAAGAGCCGUUUCGCGAUGUGUGGAAUAUCACGUGAAGAUCCGAGUCACAUCUAACCGGUUUCCGCGAAGUAGCUAGGAUUCUCGUGCAAGGACUGGCGUUUCGCGGAAAGCUCCUGUAUAUAUCGAAUCUGACUUGAUUGUAGCGGAGAGAAGGUGGCGUGGGGCACGGCAGUGAUGGAAUUGCAGAGCUGGUUGCUCUACCAUUUAGUGGCCGUCACCGACUGCAAUCAAGUGAUGCAGUCGGCGAACACAAUCGGAGGUGGCGGCGGCGGAUCGUAUCCCGGCGGCGGCGGUGGGACCGGAAGUCGCACCCGUGAUUUAGGAUUACGUGCCCAGAAGAAGCUUCUGGGUCGCAUAGUGGCCACCGGUGCCGGCCGGUCGCUAUUCAUCGACGACGCGACGGCGUCGUUGCUCGACAAUCUGUACAAGCUGAUGGACAACAUCGCCAAGAGCAACCCGCACUUGGACAAAAAAGAACCAGAGAAGGUCCUCAAGAAUAUCGUCAAAUUGUCUAUUAAGAUCGGACUCGUCCAGCGCAGUCAUCAAUUCCGUCCGAGCGAGGCCGAGAAGCUCGAGGAGAUCCGGGAGGCUCUGGGGACGGUGGCGAUGACCGUCGUCUCGUUCUACGAGGUGGAUUACAGUUACGACCAGGAGUAUCUGAUAGGCUCGCUGGAACGUUGCCGGUCGCUGCUGCUGGAGCUGAUAAAGCCGCAUCUCACGGACAAAUCGUCGCAGCGUUGCGACCAGGUGUUCGACUUCCUGGUGUAUCCCAAAUUCUUGGACUCGGUGUUCCGAUACGACUCCGAGCACAGACCCGUCCUCGGUAUGCUAGUCAGUGACCUCAACAAGGCGUUGGACGCCAGGCGGCUUUGAUUCUUCAAGAGUGAAAUUUCACACGAAGUCGAUUACGCGGUCCGAUCGCCGGCAGGAUAAUCGACGGUUCUCGCGAUCGCGAUCGAUCGUCGAGGGGCGGGACGCGUCCAUCGAACACGCGCGCUUCGUUGCACUUCGUUUCACGGCGAGCGGCGUGUCGCCCAUACCUUCGGCGUGACGGCGGUAUAGUUUCUCGUAGCGAUAGAUCAAAAAAACAAGGUGUUUCUUGCUCGCGCGAUAUCACUCGUACCCGGGUCGGGCCACCCAGUGCGGACCACUCGCUCACUGAUUCACGCAAUAAUUGUCUAAUACUCCGCUUACUUUAAGGACACAGUCUCACCUCGCGUUACCUGUGUAAUUGAUGUUUGAUAUGCAUAUAUUUGUGCGCAGGCCACCGAUCGUCAAAUCCAUACCAAAAAAAAAAGUAUAAUAAGCUUACUAUAUGUGAACGAGAUGGAAGACGAAAUGUUAAUUCCGAAGUCAUUUCCUUGAACUAUACGCAUCAGUGUCUCGUCUCGAUAUUCGAUAAUGCUUUCAUUUCAUCUGCAUUUCGCGAUUAUUUAUUACACAGAGUAUAAUCUCUUUAUACAUUCUUAAUUAGAGUACAUCCCGAUGCAAAAUAUUAUUUUUAUCCUACUUUAAUUUGUUAAAUGAAGUUACCUUCGUUUUAGAUCCCGUAUUUUUAACGCAAUCGGCGAUUUUCGAUUCUAUUUGUAACCAAAGCUGUAUAACGGAACAGGCUAAAAGUAGCAAGGCGGCAAAAAAAAAUACUAGGAUCGGAUUCAGUUUGCGGUUGUAAACAAAAAGAAAAGAAUUUUUUUCUCGUAAAGUUAAACUACAGGAGUCACGGUGGUUUAUGUUCGCUGCGAAUCGCGAUGGCUGUAAAUUGUAGCGUGAUCUUAAAAGUAAACGAGCUACUUUCGAAAAUCGCAAAGUCCGAUCGAUCGACCGUUCGACCAAGCCGUAUCAACGUACCGUAGUAGUAUAGAGGGCAAAUUGUCCUUCGUAUUUUAAAUCGACGUGUUACGACGGUGGGUACCGUCGCGUAAUAGUGGAUUGCGCGAACAAAGAGCCUUCUCCUCUUUCACGUAGAACUGAAAAGCAUCUCUAUACAAUCGUCCAUUAUUACGAUCAUGGGUUUAGAUAACGUUGCGAACGUUUUAAGUCUGAUCCAGUAAAAAACAGCGUUAUUUAAUGAAUUGUUUAAAAGAAUUUUGUGAUAUCAAGAUGCGUUGAUAUUUGAAUUCUUUCAUAAUUUUACAAACAAAUUAGAUUAAAAAUUGUUAUCCUUUUAAAAUGCAAAUUCUGAAAGGAGAAUGAAAUCAAGUCAAUCAAUCAAAUCAAUUAAUCGUACGAUUAAUUUUUUUGUGUGUACAAUAGUAGCGCUAAAUGAGUGAAACGUGCUUGCGGAAGUCUCAGAACGCGCGCUGCAAUCGACACAAUCCACUAUUAACGCUACCGCUUGUACAUUUUUUACAACACACUCGAUUAAAGGAACAAUUCCUACAUAUCUGAUUUGAUCGCGAUUCGGUCCCGACGAUCAUUAGAUCGGGACAUCGCGGAGAGAAAAUAUCGUAGAAAAAAAACCGAAAGGAAAAACUUUAUCGACAUUUUGCGUCUUUUGUACGCGGUAUACACCCACUUUACACGUUAUUUGUGAUGAUUGUCAAUAUUAAGGAUGUUGUAUGGGUACUAUGCCAUUAAUAAAUUAUUAACAAACA